AUGGCGGACGCCAAGAUCUCCACGUACCUUCCCCCCAACGUCAACCCCACUCAGGCUGCCAUUGCCUACGGCUGCCGCGCGCUGCCCAAGCUGAACGAGGAGCUGCAGUCGGAUGACUUGCUGACGAGGCAGAAAGCCCUCAUGGCUCUGUGUGACCUCAUGCAUGACCCCGAGCACGUCUACACAGCCAUUAGCAUCGGCUGCCUGGAGAGCCUGAAAGCCUUGCUGAAGGACACCAACGACCUGGUACGCAUCAAGACCACCGAGGUGCUGUGCAUCAUGGCCACCCACAACGUGGGCAGAGAGGGCUUUUUGGAGCAUAAUGUCAUCCAAGCCCUGUCCUUCCUGCUGAGUGACCCCCAGCCAGCCUGCCGGGAGAACCUCUACACGGCUUUCAAGCACCUGGCCCAGGUGCCUGCAGGGGCCCUGGGCAUCGUCAACAGCGGCCUGAUCCCCUCACUGGUGUGGAAGCUGCAGCGGGAAGAGGAGGAAAUCCAGGCGCUCCUGCUGGACACGCUGGCCGCCUGCCUCACGGAGGACGCCACCGAGGCGCUGGCCAGCCGUGCGGUGCCCUUCCUGAAGGAGAAGCUCCUGAGCGCCAACAGCGGCAUCCGCAGCAAAGCCGCCCGCACGCUCAUCGCUGUCAGUGUCCCCCUGGAGGGCAAGGUCCAGGUGUGGCAGCACGACGUCAUCCCCAUCCUGGCGCACCUGCUGAAGGACAGGGACGAGGAGGUGCAGGCCAACGCGGCGGGGGCGCUCAUGAACGCCGCGGUGACCACCGAAGGGAAGUAUGCGGCCCUGGACGUGGAGGCCACCCAACCGCUGCUGCAGCUGCUGACCUCGUCUCUGAGCAAGGCGCGUCUGAACGCCAUCAAGGCCCUCACCAUGCUGGCCGAGGCGCCCGAGGGCCGCAAGCUCCUGCAGUCCCACGUGGCCACCUUCCGGGCGCUCGAGGAGGACCUCAGCCCGGCCGUGCAGCGGGCGGCGCAGAUCGCCAUCAAAGUCAUCGAGUGGAAGCCCUGAGUCUCCUACCGCACCCCUGGCCCCGCGA